AUGUCCUCGGCCGUGGGGCCCCGCGGUCCCCGCCCGCCCACCGUGCCUCCCCCGAUGCCCGAGCUGCCCGACCUGAGCCACCUGACAGAGGAGGAGAGGAACAUCAUCAUGGCAGUGAUGGACCGGCAGAAGGAGGAGGAGGAGAAAGAAGAAGCCAUGCUCAAGUGUGUGGUCAGGGACAUGGUGAAGCCUGCUGCCUGCAAACCCCCAAGAAAUGUUGAACACCAGCCCCACCAGCCUUCACCGAGAUUGCAUCAACAAUUCGAAAGCUAUAAGGAACAAGUGAGAAAAAUAGGAGAAGAAGCACGGCGUUACCAGGGUGAGCACAAAGACGAUGCCCCGACCUGCGGGAUUUGCCACAAGACCAAGUUCGCCGACGGCUGCGGCCACCUGUGCUCUUACUGUCGCACCAAGUUCUGCGCGCGCUGCGGGGGCCGCGUGUCCCUGCGGUCCAACAACGAGGACAAAGUGGUGAUGUGGGUAUGCAAUUUGUGCCGAAAGCAACAAGAAAUCUUAACCAAAUCUGGGGCAUGGUUCUUCGGAAGCGGCCCUCAGCAGCCAAGUCAGGAUGGAACCCUCAGCGAUACAGCUACAGGUGCUGGUUCUGAGGUCCAGAGAGAAAAGAAAGCCCGGCUUCAGGAGCGAUCGCGGUCUCAGACCCCACUGAGCACAGCCGCUGCCUCCUCCCAGGACCAGGCUCCCCCCAGUGCACAGCUGGACAGGAGCAAGGGGGCUGAGCCCUCUCAGCAAGGCGGGGGUGCAGAGCAGAAGCAGGCUUCCUCCAGGUCUAGAAGUGAGCCUCCCAGAGACAGGAAGAAGACCCCAGGGCUCCCGGAGCAGAAUGGCAAAAGCGCCCCGAAGGGCGAGCGGAAACGCGCGCCCAGGUCCUCGGUGCAGCCCGCGGAGGGCCCCGCGGAAGAACGGGAGAGGAAGGAAAGGCGGGAAAGCCGAAGGCUCGAGAAAGGCCGGUCCCAGGACUACCCAGACGUGCCGGAGAAACGCGAGGGCGGCCCGGCGGCGGAGGGCGAGAAGCAGAGGAAGGAGGAGGAGUACCAGACCCGGUACCGCAGCGACCCGAACCUGGCGCGGUACCCGGUCAAACCGCCGCCCGAGGAGCAGCAGAUGCGCAUGCACGCGCGGGUGUCCCGCGCCAGGCACGAGCGGCGCCACAGCGACGUGGCCCUGCCGCGCACCGAGGCGGCCGCGGGGCCCGAGGGCAGGUCCGGCCCGCGCGCGCCCAACGCCGCCCGGGGCUCGCCGCCCGCCUCGCCGCGCGCCUACUCGGCAGAGAGGACCGCGGAGGCCCGGGCGCCCGGCGCCCAGCCACUCGCCGAGCCCAGCCCACCGACUCCCCGGCCCGGCCCGGGCCCCGCCGACGCCCCGGAGCCCAGGGCCCCGGAGCAGCUUCGGAAGCAGAGCCGCCUGGACCCCGGCGCGGCCGUCCUCGUGCGCAAGGCCAAGCGUGAGAAGGUGGAGACCAUGCUGCGCAACGACUCGCUCAGCUCAGACCAGUCCGAGUCCGUGCGGCCGUCGCCGCCCAAGCCGCACCGCGCCAAGAGGGGCGGCAAGCGGCGCCAGAUGUCGGUGAGCAGCUCCGAGGAGGAGGGCGUGUCCACGCCGGAGUACACGAGCUGCGAGGACGUGGAGCUGGAGAGCGAGAGCGUCAGCGAGAAGGGUGACUUGGAUUAUUACUGGCUGGAUCCCGCCACGUGGCAUAGCAGGGAAACAUCACCUAUUAGCUCGCAUCCUGUAACGUGGCAGCCAUCUAAAGAGGGGGACCGAUUAAUUGGACGUGUUAUUCUUAACAAGAGAACAACCAUGCCCAAAGAAUCAGGUGCAUUACUGGGUCUGAAAGUUGUUGGAGGAAAAAUGACUGACGUAGGACGCCUCGGUGCCUUCAUCACCAAAGUAAAGAAGGGUAGCCUUGCAGAUGUAGUUGGACACUUGAGAGCAGGGGAUGAAGUUCUAGAAUGGAAUGGUAAACCCCUGCCGGGAGCUACAAAUGAAGAAGUUUACAACAUUAUUUUAGAAUCAAAAUCAGAACCUCAAGUUGAAAUUAUUGUUUCAAGGCCUAUUGGUGACAUUCCACGGAUUCCUGAGAGCUCCCAUCCUCCACUGGAAUCCAGUUCCAGUUCCUUUGAAUCUCAGAAGAUGGAAAGGCCUUCCAUUUCUGUAAUUUCUCCAACAAGCCCUGGAGCUCUCAAAGAUGCCCCACAAGUCUUACCAGGACAACUUUCUGUAAAGCUGUGGUAUGACAAAGUGGGCCACCAGCUGAUUGUAAAUGUCCUGCAAGCAACAGAUCUACCCCUGAGAGUAGAUGGGCGUCCCAGGAAUCCCUAUGUAAAAAUGUAUUUUCUUCCAGAUAGAAGUGAUAAAAGUAAAAGAAGAACCAAAACAGUAAAGAAAGUACUAGAACCAAAAUGGAAUCAGACUUUUGUCUAUUCACACGUGCAUCGUAGAGAUUUUAGAGAACGGAUGUUGGAAAUAACCGUGUGGGACCAGCCCAGGGUGCAAGAAGAGGAGAGUGAAUUCCUUGGAGAGAUCCUCAUAGAGCUGGAGACGGCACUUCUAGAUGAUGAGCCGCACUGGUAUAAACUUCAGACUCACGAUGAAUCCUCACUACCUCUGCCUCAGCCAUCACCCUUCAUGCCACGGCGACACGUGCACGGGGAGAGCGCCAGCAAAAAACUGCAAAGGUCCCAGCGAAUCAGUGACAGUGACAUAUCAGACUAUGAGGUUGAUGAUGCCAUUGGAGUGGUCCCUCCAGUAGGUUAUAGGUCUAGUGCUAGAGAAAGCAAACCUUCAACAUUAACUGUGCCAGAGCAGCAGAGAACAACGCAUCACCGCUCACGGUCUGUGUCUCCUCAUCGCGCCGAUGAUCAGGGAAGGCCACGUUCACGUUUACCAAAUGUGCCAUUACAGAGGAGUUUAGAUGAAAUUCAUCCAACAAGAAGGUCACGUUCUCCAACCAGACACCACGAUGCCUCUCGCAGCCCCAUUGAUCACAGAUCCAGAGAUGUGGACAGUCAGUGUCUAUCAGAACAAGACAGUGAGCUUCUCAUGCUUCCCAGAGCAAAACGAGGACGAAGUGCAGAAUGCCUACACACCACCAGACAUCUUGUUAGGCACUAUAAAACAUUACCACCCAAGAUGCCCUUGUUAGAGAACUGUUCUCACUGGAAUAUUUACAGCUCAAUUCUGCCUGCACGUUCUAAAACCAAACCCCUUCACCAUGAAUGCUUUCACUCAAGAGCACUGAGGUUUACUGAUAAGAUUCUGGUUAGUGACCUGCAGCCCUCCCUUGACAGGGCGAGGAGUGCUAGUACCAACUGCUUGAGACCAGAUGCUAGUUUGCAUUCACCAGAACGAGAAAGGGGUAGAUGGUCCCCCUCUCUAGAUAGGAGACGGCCUCCUAGCCCCAGGAUUCAAAUCCAGCAUGCAUCUCCGGAGAAUGACAGGCACUCCAGAAAGUCUGAAAGAUCUAGCAUCCAAAAACAGACUAGGAAAGGCACUGCCUCUGAUGCAGAAAGGGUUCUCCCACCAUGUCUUUCUAGAAGGGGAUACGCAGCCCCGAGAGCGACUGAUCAGCCAGUCCUUAGGGGAAAACAUCCCGCUCGCUCCCGCUCGAGUGAGCACCCUAGUGUCAGAACACUGUGUUCUAUGCACCACCUUGCCCCGGGAGGGUCGGCGCCACCUUCUCCGCUCCUGACAAGAACGCACCGGCAGGCCAGCCCGGCACAGUCCCCGCCCGCAGACUCAGCCUUCGGCGGCCGCCGGGGAAGGCAGCUCCCACAGGUGCCAGUGAGGAGCGGCAGUAUAGAACAAGCAAGCUUAGUAGUGGAGGAGCGAACGAGACAGAUGAAAAUGAAAGUGCAUCGAUUUAAGCAGACAACAGGGUCUGGUUCUAGUCAAGAACUUGAUCGCGAGCAAUAUUCCAAGUAUAACGUACAUACAGAUCAGUACAGAAGCUGCGACAACGUCUCCGCCAGGUCCUCAGACAGUGAUGUCAGCGACGUGUCCGCCGUCUCCAGAACCAGCAGUGCCUCCCGCCUCAGCAGCACCAGCUUCCUGUCCGAGCAGUCUGAGCGGCCCCGGGGUAGGAUCAGUUCAUUUACCCCUAAAAUGCAAGGCAGACGGAUGGGGACGUCAGGAAGAGCCAUCACCAAGAGCACAAGUGUCAGUGGAGAGAUGUAUACACUGGAGCAUAAUGACGGCAGUCAGUCGGACACGGCUGUGGGCACCGUCGGAGCAGGUGGGAAGAAAAGGAGGUCCAGCCUCAGCGCCAAAGUGGUUGCCAUAGUGUCUCGAAGGAGCAGAAGCACAUCCCAACUAAGCCAAACAGAGUCAGGCCACAAGAAGUUAAAAAGCACCAUCCAGAGAAGCACAGAGACGGGAAUGGCAGCCGAGAUGCGGAAGAUGGUGAGGCAGCCGAGCCGGGAGUCCACGGACGGCAGCAUCAACAGCUACAGCUCCGAGGGAAACUUAAUAUUUCCUGGAGUGAGACUAGGAGCAGAUAGUCAAUUCAGUGAUUUUCUCGAUGGACUGGGUCCGGCCCAGCUUGUUGGACGCCAAACCCUCGCCACCCCUGCGAUGGGUGAUAUACAAAUUGGAAUGGAAGAUAAAAAGGGCCAAUUAGAAGUUGAAGUGAUUAGGGCACGAAGCCUCACGCAAAAGCCUGGUUCCAAAUCCACACCUGCUCCAUAUGUCAAAGUGUAUCUUUUGGAGAAUGGGGCCUGCAUAGCGAAGAAGAAGACAAGAAUUGCACGAAAGACCCUUGACCCCUUGUAUCAACAGUCCCUGGUUUUUGACGAAAGUCCACAGGGUAAAGUCCUUCAGGUGAUCGUCUGGGGGGACUAUGGCAGGAUGGACCACAAAUGCUUUAUGGGUGUGGCCCAGAUCUUGUUGGAGGAACUGGAUCUUUCCAGCAUGGUCAUCGGCUGGUACAAGCUGUUCCCUCCGUCAUCACUGGUGGACCCCACACUCACCCCCUUGACCCGCCGGGCUUCCCAAUCUUCCCUGGAAAGUUCCACUGGGCCCCCCUGCAUCCGGUCCUAA